AGGGAACUGGAAGUGUGUGCUCAAUGUGGAGGACAGAAGCCUUUACCAUCACAUCAUAUAACAUCACAGUCUAUCCUACAAUAGGUUUCGUUGCUAUGGUUGAACCACUAACAGCCAUCAAAGCUAAUCGUACAGUCUUGAAGCCUGGAGAAGCCCUCCAUCUUGAUUGCAUUACUACUCAACAAGAGUUUGAGGAGAUUAUUUGGCUCCAUAGGAAAGAAGGAGAUAGUGGGAACAAUUUCACUGUGAUAGGCACUACUGAGGAUACCACCUUUAUUAUUGACAAUGUGACUUAUGAAGACUCUGGUCUCUAUAUGUGUCAAGUGAUACUGGGUGAAAGAGGAAAUUUAUCAGCAUCAGCUUGUAUUGAAGUGAUAAUUGGAGAUUCUCCUGUUAUACUGAAUCACAAUAAAUCUCAAGAUGUAUACCUGGACCGUUACGACCCUUUGAUAUCAGACUCUGAGUCAGUCCUUGAUCUUCAUUGCAGUCCUAGAGGGUAUCCAACCCCUGCUAUAACAUGGUACAGAAAUGGCCAGGCCUUGGGAAACAGCAGCAGGUCAAUAACUAUAUGCAGCGGCACUCAAGGAAGCUUUGCUGUAUACCAGUGCAUUGCUGUCAAUGAAUUUGGGAGGGACAGUGUACUGAUCAGGGUAUUAGUUAGAGGUCUUGCCAAUCCAGUUGGGGAUAUAACAAUCACUCCCAAAGUACAGGAUGAGAUUACGCAAGAGCUGUAUGUAUCAUGGACCCCACCAGUUCAAAGAGGAGGAGUCAGUUCACUCGUGUAUAAUGUGAAUGUGUAUUAUGCUGAUCCUAUAUUUGGAGAUGAACAAUUAUCAACAAAAAAUAUAAUGGAUGGGUCAUCUUCUGCUACCAUACGAUUACAAUUGAGAGAUGCGCUUGAAUUUAGAGUCUAUCAAAUUGAGGUGUUAGUUUACAGAGUUAGACUCACAGGAAGGAAAGCUGCUUACGAGUGCAUUGAUACCAAAAUACCAUAUUACUUGCAAGAUACUCCACCAUUAACAUUUGAUUGUGAGACAGGAAAUAUGAGUGUUCUGUGGGAGCCACACAAUCCUUCUAGUUUUAAGAAUUUUGGUGAUGUGAGUCUCAAAGCCAGUUGCCUUUAUAAAGGAAUGAAUCAUAUGAGUAAGUUUGAGGAACUCGAACUUAUGGAGCCAAACUAUAGGAAUGACAGUUUUAUGUCUUUUCUGCAACCUGGAACUGUCUGUCAGUUUUACGGGAACUACAGGACUCCAGACAGCGACUGUCAAGGGGAUUCGCCGCUUAAUUAUUAUAGAGAGGUACCAAUAAGGCACUGUGAAGUAAAGAUUGACACUAUCCCUGAAGAUGAAGGAUUGCAUUUGAAAAUAUUUCAAAAUAUAUCCAACGAUACUGUGACUCUUCACUGGAGGGCUGAGAAGGAAAUUGUGUGCAAUGAAACGCCAUUUUCAGAAAGCACACAUGUGCCUCUUGAAAUCAGUGGAGAGUGUCGCUAUAAAGAUGAAGUGAAAUCACAUAUGGCUACUGUAAAUAUUACCAACAAGCUGGAAGGGAUUGUGUCAUUCAUCCUUCCAUCUCAUGACUACAUAUGUUCAUUUACCGCAAUCAUCAAUGAAGCCAACACAACAUAUGAGAGCUCAGUUCAUAUAGCCAGUGGGCACCCAAUACAAAGUGCUUAUUUUUAUAAGCCUACACCUCCUGAGUUUUGUAACCACAAUAUUGCUACAACCAGUAGUGGUGAUGAUGGCAUUAUAUCAAGCAGUCAAACACCAGUCACUUCAGUUACAUCUAUUACUGAGUCUUCUACUUCAAGUAAUAAACCUAGCACUGGGUCUUCCACUAUACUCAUUGCUACUCCAUCAUUAGCUCCAUCACUAUCAACCACAAGUGGUGGCGCAGCAUCUCCACUAAUUACGUCAAUGACUGUCGUAUUUUCCAUUGUGAUAUCAGUCCUGGUCUUUAUAUUGGUCUUCCUGUUUGUUGUGUUGUGUCUGAGGCAGAGGAAGAAGAGGCUCAUGUUUGAAAUUUUUAACGAAGAGACACACAAUGGCUACAAUUCGUCGUACAAUUUCCUAAUGGAAUGGAGUGGGGCUGAUAACGUUUCCAUUAAAACCGAGAUACAGUCACCGUCUUAUGCAACCAGCACCACAGCUAUGGCUAGCAUGUCUUCUGGCUCUGUGGAAAUGCUUGAAAUAUCGUGUCAAAUCGAAGCUAUGAGAAACAAAGAAAACGAGACAGAAGCAGAUAAAGAUAAUGAAAGUAUUAAUACCAUCUUUAAGGAAGAUUGGACUGAUACUAGCUCUAAGCAUACUCUGUCUUUUUCUCCUCUGCCAGCAACUAAUGAUGAAAUCCCUGACUGUCAUGUACAAGUUGAUACCAAUGGGUUUACGUAUCAAGUGAAAAAUGACGCCACAGUAGAGCAAGAAACUAGUGCUUGUAGCAGUGGGUAUGGAAGCCAGAUAACAGCCUCGUCUUGCUCUCCAUCUCAGGACUAUCACGACAGUAUUGUCCCUGACCUAGAGGAGGCUCAAUCCACUAACACUAAGAAACUUAAGGACGUUCCUGAAGUGGACGAGAGCCAAGUCGAUGAAUGCUUUGUGACUGAUUUAAGAAGCUUUAGUAGAUCCCCAAGCCUGGAAGAUAACAAAAGCCAUGAGCAAAGCGAUCCAGCUACUUGUAGUGCUCCAGUGAUCAUUAGUGAGAGUCUAAAAGGUUUGCAAGACUUGGGUUCCUCCGUUUCGAGCAACGAGAGUUUAUCUCGUGAGAAAAUUCACUUCUAUUGUCAUCAUGAGACUGAGGAUGGGGCAAGCAGAGACAAUUUAACUAAUGUAUUGUAUGUAGAUGAGAAAGGGUAUAUACGUUUUAUAUGCAAAGAAACAAGUUGAUAUUUUUUAUCAUUAUUUAUGUCUGUAUUGUUACACUUUUGUAUUUAUAUUUGAUUUUUAAAGUUAUACGUUUUGUUUCAAGUAUAAUAAUGCUCUUACAAACUGCAAA